CAAUUUUCCAGCGACAGGACUUUACCGCUGCAAUACACCCCAGCCGUACUCACUACGUUCAGCGUCUCUACUUUAUAUAAGUGUUCACCGGCUUGGGAAAAGGACACUUUGUGGCUACUUUCUGCUGCUACAGCCGAGAGAAUUUUCUGAAAUAUCGGAAAAUUAAGUGCUUGGCUCUGAGAGACAAGAAAGUGAAGCUCGUGCGUGGAUGAAAUUGUUCUGUUGCUCUCCUUGAUCGUUGCGUCAUUUUACGGGCUGCGAGCGUCCCUUUUCCAGUGCAACGCGUUGUCGACUUCCCGCCUCCCGGCGUCGCGACCUUCUCCACCACUUUCUCUCCCACCGAAAACCACCUCGACCCUUCCACCAUCUCCUGCAGGAAGGCCUUGGCUUCGUUCCCAUCAACCAAGACCCUACCUGCUUCUUUAAUAUAAUAUUGAAUUCGGUUGCGCAAGAUGGCUGAAGCCAAUACCAACUCCCCGGCGCCUGCCCCGGAUUCUGGUGAGGCGCCUGUUGAGCGCGCUUCUGCGGAGCUCAAAGCUAGCCCACAGGAGUCGGCGUCAGAGCCCACCAAGGAGAACACAAAGAAGGACGCCAAUGGCGCGGAUGGAAAGCCCGCUGAAAGCGCGCCCGCUCAAGAUGAUAAAAAAGAAUCUUCCGAUGACACCGCUGACAAAACUGAGGCGCCCGCAGAGCCUGCCGAGGCGAAGAAGUCCGACGAGGGUGCUGCUGCUUCAGCAGAUGCUGAGCCCGCUGCCGCACCGGAAGCCAACGGAGCACCGUCAUCGACCAAAAAGGCGUCCUCUAAGCGCAAGUCUACGGGCGGAGAUACCAAAUCGAAGCUCAACCGCAAGAAGUCGAUGAGCCGCAUCACACAUUUGGAUGCCAAGGCUGGCGAAUACUACCUCGCGCGUCUUCGCAGCUUCCCCCCCUGGCCCGCCGUCAUCUGCGACGAGGAAAUUCUUCCGCAGAGUCUUCUAAGCUCGCGUCCCGUCACCGCUCGGCGACCCGAUGGAACCUAUAGAGAAGACUACGCCGAUGGUGGUAAGCGUGUCGCCGAGAGAACAUUCCCUGUCAUGUUCCUCCAGACAAAUGAGUUCGCUUGGAUACCCAACACUGACCUUUCUCCCCUCGACCCUGCUGCUUGCAAAGACAUAUCAGAGAAGGGUAAAUCCAAGGCGCUUGUGGCUGCUUACAAUGUCGCCGCGGAAAACCAUGAUCUUGCGUACUUUAAGAAUAUGCUCGCCGACCACCAAGCCGCAAUUCAGCAGGAAGAAGAAGAGAGAGAAGCUCAGGAGGCCGCUAAGGCCGCCGCAAAGGCCGCAAAAGAAGCCAAAAAGAACAAGAGAAAGAGCAUGGAAGUCCGCGAUGAUGUGGAAAUGGAGGAUGCAGAUGAAGAGAAGCAGCCAAAGAGCUCCAAGAAGAGGAAGAAGGACGCUGAGGCCGAGGGCGACGACAAGCCUGCUAAGACGCCCAAGACUGGUACCAAACUGAAGCUCACCACACCAAAGAACCCGGCUGAAGAGAAGAAAGCGUCCGGCUCUGCCAAGGCGAAGCAGAGCACCAGCAAGAAGGGGAAGAAGGCCGCUGCAAGUGAGGACAGCGACGAGUCGAGCCCCGCGCCUAAAGAACCAGAGCCCAAGGUCAACCUAGAGGAGGCCAAGAAGAAGAGGGAGAGGGAAGUUCUAUUCAUUCGCCACCGCCUCCAGAAGGGCUUCAUUUCUCGUGACCACCCGCCCAAGGAGGAAGAGAUGUCCCAGAUGUCCGGCUAUUUCACCAAGCUCGAGAAAUUGAACGAUCUUGAAGUGUCCAUCAUCCGUGAGACCAAGAUUCACAAGGUACUUCGGAUGAUUAUCAAACUUCCAAACAUCCCGCGCGACGAGGAAUUCGACUUCCGCAAGCGCGCUCUAGACAUCCUUUCCAAGUGGAAGAACGUCCUCGACAGUGACCGUGCAACACCCUCUCAGGAGAAGGAGAAGGAGAAGGAGGAGAAGCCCAAGUCCAACGGUGUCCACAAGGAAAAGGAAGGUAGUGCCGAAGCGCCGGUCAAGGCUUCUGAAUCCAAGUCCGAGAAGGAGGAUGACACCAAGCUCGACACCCCGGAUCAGGAUACACCUAUGCCUGACGCCGAUGAGAAGACCGAGGAAGCACCGGCGCCUGCCAAAGGCGAGGAUGAGAAGGUAGAGUCUGCUGAUGCUGCAGGUGAGACGGGAAAGAGUGAGAAGAAGGAAACGGAGACGGACACGGAGAAACCGGCCGAGGACAAGGCCGAGGACAAGAAAGCAGAUGAGAAGACUGCUGAAGCUGAAACUGCGGCGUAA